UACAUACAUAUAAAGAGGAAGACACACACUGCACAGAGAAUGAAAGAGAAAGAAAGAUAAAGACGAGUGAGAGAGAGGGAGGGAGGUUUGCGAGAAAAGGAAGGUCUUCGAGAAAUUAGAAGAAUGAAGAAACAAACAGCUUUAAAAAGCCAAACAUAUGAAUAUUAAAACAGUGGGAGGGACUUAGUUGACAGAAAGAGAAGCGAAGGUUGUGGCGACAGCAGGCAUGACUGUCAAGAGAAAUGAAGAGAUGGACUUACAACAUACUGAUUCUGCUCCAACACUUCACAAUAUAAUGUGUUUGCUGUAUUAGCAAGGCUGUGCGCAUUGCUGAAAGUGUUACAUCUUUGAACCCCGAUAACAAGCUGGGCGCCGGCAAAACCUUCACUCUUCGUUUGAGGUUUGAAACCUCCAUCAGGCGCUGACACGGGCUGUCUCCAUGGAGGGGAGGGAGGUGCAAUGUAAUGGAGAGGAAAGAGGUGAUGUUGAAUCCCCCACAGGGCAUUCAGCCACAGCAGGAGAAAGCAGCACAGCGCCCACAUGGAUGAACGGUCAAUGUGUGGCAUUUGUAUCCACAUCCUCUAUGUUGCUUCCCACGUUUGACUUGGAAGAAUGCAGGACUCUGUUGGAGAGAGAGCGCUUCCAGGUUCCAGUAGAGGAUUUUGAGAGUCCACUACAUCUAGCGCUGGACCACCCGUCCGCCAGAAGAUAUUUGCUUUUCAACUCAUCCUGUUUUAAUCUCAUCCUGGCACCUUUUUUGUACAUGGUGCUGUGGUGUGCGGUUUACUCAACACUUCACAUGUACAUCGAGAACAGUACUACAGACAUCUGGGUGCUAUGCCUGUCUAUUACUCUGGUGACUGUGAUCCUCACCACCGCCAUUAUCCUCAUCUUCCACUACAGCAACAAAGAGAUAAACAUGAACACAGAUGUACGAUUGGUGGCAGUAAACGAGAGGAUGGUUCGACACAAGCUGCUGUUGGGAGUGGGUGACUGGAUGCAUAAAUGCAGAGGACAACUGCAACUCUUCUGUUUAUACUGGGACCUGUCCCCAUGUCUGAGAUCUCUAACUGAAGCCCUGGACACGAGUUUUGGGAGAGAUCAAGUACAGAACAAACUCAAGAAAAGAAUGUCACACCUAGUUCUGGUGACCGAGGUCAAGACCCUGGAUCCUGAAGCUGGAUUACAGGAGGAGGAUGAGGUUCCUGAAGAAGAGCGCCCCCUGCUGGCAGAUAGAACUGAGCCGAACGCAUCAAGAAGUCAAAGAGAAGACUCUAAACUUACAAAAAACUUCACUCUGAUGCCUAACACCACCCUUGGACCUCAGGAUAUGGCUCGCCAGCUUCUGAUGUCCUACAGUGCACUUUAUGUCCGACUACUAGUAUCAAACGAGCUUCCUACGCCUUCACAUCGGCCUUUGGGCGCAGGGAAAAAUCAUUCCACUUCUUCUCUGUGUCUUUGUGAGUAUGUAGCAUUAAAAGUCCUGCAGUAGAUGAAACAUGACAAUCCAAGUAUUAUUCAUCUGAUUCUGUGGGACGACGGUUUGUACAAUAUAAUCACAGACUGUUUUUGCUGCUCUUGAAAUUUGUUUUUAUUUGUCUAAUAAAAUACAUAUUUUUG